AUGCCCAUGUCUUACUUAACGUGCACACUUUAUAUACUGAAAGGAUGGACUGGAGUGGAACACUUGGAGGAAUAUCUGAGUUAUGUGGUCUACCUAAUGUGGCUCUUUACACCACUGCUCAUAGCUUUCCUGCUUCCGGUGAUCAUUCUUUUCCUUCUUUAUGUUUCCAUUAUCAUCCUACAUAUUUAUAAGAGACAAACUGACCUAAAGGAGGCAUAUUUGAAUAAUUUCUUCAAUAAUUCCUACAAAAUUUGGGAUAGUUGA